GCCGAGCCCAAGCUCUUCGGGGGCUUCAAUUCCUCGGACACUGUCACCUCCCCGCAGAGGGCGGGGCCGCUGGCCGGCGGAGUGACCACCUUUGUGGCCCUCUAUGACUACGAGUCACGGACAGAGACUGACCUGUCCUUCAGGAAAGGGGAGCGGCUCCAGAUUGUCAACAACACGGAGGGAGACUGGUGGCUGGCCCACUCGCUUAGCACGGGACAGACCGGCUACAUCCCCAGCAACUACGUGGCUCCUUCUGACUCCAUCCAGGCUGAAGAGUGGUACUUUGGCAAGAUCACCAGACGGGAGUCAGAGCGGUUACUGCUCAACACAGAAAACCCUAGAGGGACCUUCUUGGUGCGAGAAAGCGAGACCACGAAAGGUGCCUACUGCCUCUCAGUGUCAGACUUUGACAAUGCCAAGGGCCUCAACGUGAAGCACUACAAGAUCCGGAAGCUGGACAGCGGGGGUUUCUACAUCACCUCGCGCACCCAGUUCAACAGCCUGCAGCAGCUGGUGGCCUACUAUUCCAAGCAUGCCGAUGGCCUGUGCCACCGUCUCACCACCGUGUGCCCCACGUCUAAGCCACAGACCCAGGGCCUGGCCAAGGACGCCUGGGAGAUCCCCCGGGAGUCGCUGCGGCUGGAGGUCAAGCUGGGCCAGGGCUGCUUCGGAGAGGUGUGGAUGGGAACCUGGAAUGGCACCACCAGGGUGGCCAUCAAAACCUUGAAGCCGGGCACCAUGUCUCCAGAGGCCUUCUUGCAGGAGGCCCAGGUCAUGAAGAAGCUGAGGCACGAGAAGCUGGUGCAGCUGUAUGCUGUGGUGUCGGAGGAACCCAUCUACAUUGUCACAGAGUACAUGAGCAAGGGGAGUUUGCUGGACUUCCUCAAGGGGGAAACCGGCAAGUACUUGCGACUGCCUCAGCUGGUGGACAUGGCUGCCCAGAUCGCCUCUGGCAUGGCCUACGUGGAGCGGAUGAACUACGUCCACCGAGACCUACGCGCCGCCAACAUCCUGGUCGGGGAGAACUUGGUGUGCAAAGUGGCUGACUUCGGGCUGGCCCGGCUCAUCGAGGACAAUGAGUACACGGCCCGGCAAGGUGCCAAAUUCCCGAUCAAGUGGACAGCUCCCGAAGCCGCCCUCUACGGCCGCUUCACCAUCAAGUCGGACGUGUGGUCCUUUGGGGUCCUGCUGACCGAGCUCACCACCAAGGGACGGGUGCCCUACCCUGGGAUGGUGAACCGGGAGGUGCUGGACCAAGUGGAGCGGGGCUACCGGAUGCCCUGCCCGCCGGAGUGCCCCGAGUCCCUGCAUGACCUCAUGUGCCAGUGCUGGCGGAAGGAGCCCGAGGAGCGGCCCACCUUCGAGUACCUCCAGGCCUUUCUGGAGGACUACUUCACGUCCACCGAGCCGCAGUACCAGCCGGGGGAGAACCUAUAG